CUUCCCCUCUUUCAGGUGGAACGGACCUCGUUUGAAGAGUUCCGGUGGAAGUUCCUGGGCGGAGUUCUAGUUCCGGUGGAGAUUUACCAUCAGGUGCGGCACGGAUCAAGGAUUCAUCUGCUUUCAUUUGAGCAGACUGCGGAUUCAGGGACGACGAACAGCAGUCGAUGUGUUUGUUGCAUUCUUCUAUCGAGGCUCGAUUAACUUGAUCAACGUAUAUCAUGCCGAUUGCAGAGGCCACAAUUAAAACAACAGCUGUGAUGAUUAUCCAACCCUCGAAUGAAAUUCUCGUUUUAGUCUCAGAAGCCAUUUUGAAGGAAUCGAAUCGUGGAAUGUAAAUCCAAUGACCAGCCGCUUCUUAUUGCUUUCAGUGGGUACAGCUCGGCUUGCAAGUGCAUUUUGGCAUUUAAAUCGGAAUUUUACUUUCAAACAAAUUUAUUUCAUGCUGUGAAAGUUAUAAAUUUAGAUCAAGUAUAAUUUUGACAAUUUUGUUCACACAUUGAUGGAUUAUUUGCAUGUUGAAUUUAAAAUUUUAACGCAAAAAAAAAGUUACGCCAUCCCCGUUUGUCGAGAAGAAAUGUGUGACUUGAUUUCUUAGUUAUACACCCGCAAUGGAAGAAGUCAAAGGACAAUGGAACAAUUUAAUCAUUUUAACUGUUGUUAAUUUAAUCAAACUCGUGUAUUUUAUUGGGUUUGACAAAUUCAGUCACAUAUGUUGUUGAGAAAAGCGACAAAACACAAAUAGACGCAAAGCAAGUAUUGAAACACAUCACUCAGAUUAGAACAAAGAUAUAAGACAUCAAAAGAUAAAAUUAUCCAACGGGAAGCUAUACAAACAACGGAAUGUCCGAGUUCACGCUACGAAAAACAGUGGAGCACAUCGUGCAAGGAAUACAAACACUUUUGGAUUAUUGACAUUUCAAUCCUAGGCUUGCUUACUUAUGAGUUAUAUGACUUAUGAUAGCAAUGAGUGCGAUGGAAACUUUCGGACAGUUUGAGAUCAUCAUACAGUAAUAAAACGUGGAUCACCGAUAGGGAAACUGACAGCAAGCUAAUGCGCCAUCAAAACUUAUAAAAUGAAUGUCGACUAGUGAAAAAGACAUUGGAUCGUUCCAGUAUUUUUCCAGACGACCAUGAAACUUUUGAUCCUUUUGUCCGUUCUAGCGGCUUCGGCCAUAGCUUCACAGAAACGCUAUGAUGGGUACCAAUUGUUCCAGGUAACGCCAAAGGAUCAGUCCUCGUUCGAGGCUAUGGUCCAGCUCUACGAGCAGAGUGAAAAUUACGAUUUUUGGAUCGCACCUCGAGGAAUCGACAUCGCAAUGGACAUCAUGGUUCCUCCAGCAUACGUCUCAGUCUUUGUCGACCUGAUGCACGCUUACAGCAUGGAAUAUCGGGUCAAAAUGAUUGAUGUUCAGACUGUGCUCGAUAUGGCUCGUGAAGAACGCGAACGUACACCCCGAGUUGCCACUCCGCGCUACUCUGUUGACUGGAACACUUAUUAUGACUUUAACGACAUUUCCGCUUUCUGUAACGAAAUCGCUGCCGCUCACCCCAACAUGGUGACAGUUUCCAGCAUUGGCAGAAGUUACGAAAACAGAGCUAUUCCGAUGGUCAAAAUCUCCACUGGAGGGUCAGGCAAAAAGGCGAUCGUCGUCGAUGGCGGCAUUCACGCCCGUGAGUGGAUUUCACCUGCUUUCGUCACAUGGUUGAUUAACGAAUUGGUUGAGAACUACGCCGCUCACCCGCAAUACGUUGACAAUAUUGACUGGUACAUUAUGCCUGUCAUCAAUCCAGAUGGUUACCAAUUUACUUUUGCACUCACCGGAGAUCGUUUGUGGCGCAAAAAUCGUAGACCAAAUAACGACGGAAUCGGUGGCAGCAGCUGCUUGGGAACAGAUAUGAACAGGAACUUUGGUUUCCACUGGAACGAGGGUGGCAGCAGUGCAAACGGAUGCUCCGACACUUUCCACGGUGGAGCCGCUUUCAGCGAGGUAGAGACUCAACACGUUCGUGACGCUGUUUUGGCUGUCGCUGGUCCAGCUGAGAUGUACCUGACCUUCCACGCUUAUGGUCAGUACUGGCUCACUCCUUGGGGUUACACUGCUACUCUUCCCAGUGACUACACACAGCUUUACAACUUGGCUGUAUCAGCUUGUAACAAAUUGACUGCUGUCUACGGAACCCGUUAUACCAUCGGAUCUUCGACUAACGUACUCUAUGUGGCUUCUGGAGGCAGCGACGAUUGGGCAAAGGGUGGAGCUGGAAUUCCAUUUUCGUAUACUGUUGAGAUGCGCGAUGAAGGCCUUUACGGAUUCGAACUUCCUGCCAGGCAAAUUCUUCCAAACAAUUUGGAGGUUUGGGAAGGCAUUAAGGUGAUGGCGGAGUCUCUCUUUUAAAGAGUUAACUCAAUCAGCAUCCAAAUAUCGAUGGAUUUACGAUAGCGGAAAAUAUUGCAUCACCUAUCAUUUUAAAAUCGUCAUUACUACAAUUAGGAUGACUAAAUACAAUUGGAAAUUCUGACACGA